AUGGGGAAGAUGCACUUUGUGUUCCACGUGAACUUAGUCAAGCCGUAUUUUAAGGAUCUCCUUCGCAAGAACCAAGUAAAACCUUUAGCUGAGGUUAUCCAAAAGGAAGAGGAAUACGAAGUCGAAGCUAUCUUCAAUGCAUGCAAGAGCAAAAAGAGGGGUUUUGGCGAGCUCGAGGACGAUGACGAUCUUUUUCCCUCAAAGAAGAUUUAUGGAUCAGCAGUGGCCGCGGGAAGUGAUCACGCGACUACUACCAUACUCAAUCUUCGCGGCAGUUUAGAAGAGCGUGAUGGGACCAUUGCAUCACUAAAGGCUGACCUUGCCACUGCCAAUGGAGAGCUAGACAAAUGGAGGAAUUUGUUUCAAAGUGGAGAGUCAGUUCUACCAGAAAACUCAACUUCAGAUCCUCGGCUGAUCUUGGAUCAUAUAAAAUCUCUCCAAGCAUCCCAAGCUCGUGUGAAAGACCAGCUCGCAUCAUCCAGGCGCAAGGAAACUGCCAUGCUGAUCCAUUUGUCAAACAAGGAACAAGAAAUUGCAGAGAUGAAGACUGUCGUUCACGAUUUGAAGCUUUCGUUGAGGCCUCCAACGCUUCAGUCUCGUCGUCUUUUGCUGGAUCCUGCUAUACAUGUAGAAUUUACACGUAUGAAGAAGGAGCUGGAAAUUGCGAAAAAGAAGGCCAAAGAGCUGACUGACGAUCUCGCCGCUGUCCAGUUCACUCCGCACAGUAAAAACGGCAAAAUGCUCAUGGCAAAGUGUCGUACGCUGCAAGAGGAAAACGAAGAAAUAGGGAGGGAGGCUUCGGAGGGCAAGAUACAUGAUCUGGAAACAAGGCUGGCUGUUCAAAAGUCGUUGAGCUCUGAAUUGAAACGUGGUUAUCAAGGUUUGUAA